ACCUAAUCAUAGUAUAAUAAUAUGCAUCGAAAGACAAAAAAGGAUGGCUCUUAGGUCUCUAUCUGCCCCUUUAAAUCAGCUUCCUCCGGGAUCUCACUGUCCCAGACUCCCAGUAAUUCAUCACAAAUUGAAUUGCCUUCCUUGUACAAGUUUGUGUUUCAGCUAAUUAAUUUCCACGAUGAUGAUGGGUUUUCUGAAAAAGUUUAUGGCAGCAGUACUGGUGGGAGUAUUCCUUCUCGUGGGUGUUCUCCCAACAACUUCUGCCUUACUUUCUUCCGGCCUGAAAGGAGGCAGGAAGAGUUUAUGGCUAGUGCAGGGUAGAGAUGGCUCCAUGAAAAUGUUUCCCAGGGAAAAAGAAGGUGGCAACUCUGAAAGGGUGAACAUUGAUAGUAAUCAAUUACUGUUUUCAUUUGGAGGAGGGAUACGAAGAAAAUUCAUUCCGCCACCACCCUCUCCCAUGAGAAGUCGACAAUCAUCAUGGCGCAUGCCUGCACCUCCAGCACCUCCGCCGCAGAUUCCCUCCUGAUUAUCAUCAUCUAAUUAUAUAUGUUUCUGGUCCCUUUGUUCUGCGUUUAUACAUGCAUUCUCAGAAGGACAUGUUCAUGUUCAAAUUACGUGGUGCAUCUUAGGCAAGCAAGCCUUGUACUCUCCUGCUUUUGUUUUGUGUUUUUAAGGUGCUUGUUAAAAUGUUUAUCAGCCUUGCACUUUUCUGAUUAUUAUAUGUGAUGGAGCUUUCUUUAUCAUCAUUCCUACACA